AUGUUUGAAGCUAUAACCACCGCAAGGAAGAAUAUAGCAAACUUUGGCCGCAAGCUUAUAGAAAUCGGCCAAUUCCUUGCCGGGUUCAGCGCCUCUCCUACUCGCGAAAAUGACACCAUGCAUGCGGUCAGCCUCAAUGUCCACCAUAGUCAUGAUCAUAAUCAUAAACAUGUGCACGAAGGAGGUCAGGAUGAUCGGGUCCGUAAAUUGGAAGCAAGGUGUCUCGAGAUGGAAAAGAUGAUAAACAUCAUGAAGGCGAGGGAGGACUCUCUGAGAGCAGAGAGGGUCAAUGGCGAGAGAGAGAAGAUUCCUGAAGACAGAAGCAGGCUCGAGGGUGGCAGGCUCAACUUGCAGGAAGAACGCAAAAAGGUGGACGAGGACGGGGUUUUCCCGGAAGUAUGGCCGACCCUGGAGGAAAAGCUGAAGGCAGAGCGGAUGCUUCGGUUUAGGUCGGAUCUAUAUGCCUUCGCUGUCGCAGGGAUAUCCGGCGUUGGCAAAUCAUCGUUAAUCAACGUUUUCUUGGGGGAGAAGCUGGCAGCUACCGGUGCUGUGGAGACAACGACAAAGAUCAACCGCUAUCCAGAACCAGGGAAGGAGCCACAUCGCAGAAGCAAUGUCUGGUAUGAUAUUCCAGGUGCUGGGACACUCGAAAUCCCUGGCUGGCAAUAUUUCAACCAACAGUGUCUGUUUAUCUUUGACCUCAUCAUUGUCGUAAUUGGUGAUCGCUUUACCGAGACGGAUAUUCAGAUACUAAAGCAUUGCAAACGCUUCAAAAUCCCCUCCAUCCUCGUACGCUCCAAGGCCGAUCAGCAUAUUUCGAAUAUGAUGGCAGAUUUUCAAGACGGCCACUACGGGGUGCCUAAACCUCAGAGAGUACUGUAUCAACAAUGCCGAAUUAAAUUCAUAGCCCAGACACAUGCGAGCGUAGAUAAUCAGCUGAGACUUAGCGGACUACCACCGCAGCGUGUUUUCAUCGUUUCAGCUAGGGGCCAGGCCUUUGGAAAAGCCUAUGCAGAGCUUGGCAAUAUUAUGACUGUAGGGGUGAACGAUUCUGCCCUUCGAAAUGAAAUGGAGACGUUUAUCGAUGAAGUCGAUCUCAUUUCCGAGAUUAUGACCACAUCACGAUAUAGGCGCUGCGAGAAGAUAGGAACAGAUUGUCUCAAUGCUCCCUCCGCCACUGAUCUCGAACCUCCAUCGCCAAAGGACGGUACCAGUCUCUCGACUCUCGAAAUGAACCUGAUCGAGAAUCUAAGAAAUGGGUCAAUCGACCACAGGCUUCGAUGCUAUCUCGAUGAAAACGGCGAGAGAUGCACGCUUCUUUCUCAUCUCAGGGAUGAAGACUCGUCUAUGUUUUGGGCGGGAGCCUCUCCCACUCUUGACGGUCUCCUUUGGACCGAAGCAGGAGUGAUUCAAACAAAACGGAUCUGGGCGGCGUUUGUAGAAUACAGGGAUACCUGGAACUCCCUCAUCUCCUAG